CAACAGCCCCGGGGAGGGCGGGGGAGACUCUCUGCAGCCACCUUGGGGCGUGAAGCCCAGCCAUGGCGAGCUCCAAGCGGCCGAAAAACGACACGAAUCCCUCAGAAGAAAUCCAUGUGGACAACAAGAACAUAUUACCAUGCAAGGUUACAGAUGAGCAGCGAAACUUCACUGAAACAGAUGCCAUUGGUGAAAGGAUCAGCCAGCUCUUCGAUCCAUCUGUGGAAUACAAAAUGAACCACAAGAGAAGAGGACUUGCUUUGAUCUUCAAUCAUGAGAGGUUUUUCUGGCACUUAAAGUUACCAGACAGACGUGGCACCCUUGCUGACCGAGAUAAUCUGAAACGCAGCUUGACUGAACUUGGAUUUGAAGUGAAAUGCUUUGAUGACCUUAGAGCAGAAGAAGUGUUGCAGAACAUUUAUAAUGUGUCCACAGGUCAACAUGAAGAUGCAGAUUGCUUUGUGUGUGUUUUCCUGAGCCAUGGAGAAGAUAAUCACGUUUAUGCCUAUGAUGCUAAAAUAAACAUACAAAUGCUGACCAAUAUGUUCAGAGGUGACAAGUGCCCUAGCCUAAUAGGGAAGCCAAAAAUAUUCAUAAUUCAGGCAUGCAGAGGAGACAAGCAUGAUGAUCCAGUCGAUGCUUAUGAUACUGUGGAUAGCACUACAGAAGACCCACUAAUCAAUGAAACCAAAGUUGAUGCUGCUGCAGUUUACACCUUACCUGCUGGUGCUGACUUCCUCAUGUGUUAUUCUGUGGCCGAAGGUUACUAUUCUCAUCGGGAGACUAUAAAUGGUUCUUGGUAUAUUCAAGAUCUGUGUGAGAUGAUACGAAAGCAUGGCGCUUCCCUGGAAUUCACAGAAUUACUGAUGCUUGUUAACAGGAAGGUGGCUCAUCGCAGGGUGGAUGUGUGCAAAGAUAUUCAAGCUAUAGGAAAAAAACAGAUCCCUUGCUUUGCAUCAAUGUUAACCAAAAAACUGCAUUUCCGCCCCAGAUCAUAGUAGCAUGGUGGAGUACUGACCAUUUUUGGGCGUGGAGGUCAUGGGUGGUGGUGGUGGGCUCUGCAGACUCAAACCAAAACAUAUGGUACUCUUGAAAUAGUUUGCAGCUUAAAAUUUUUAUACAUUUACUUGAAAAUAUGCCCCAUUAAACUCAGUGAGACUUGGUUCUGAGUAGACAUAUAGAAUUGCACUGUUAAUUUAAAGUAUAUGUUUAAUUGGUAUAUAGUCUUGUUAGUUUUCCUGAAAUGAGAUCUCCAGGAGAUGAAUUAAAAUUGUUACAAACUCAUAUACAGACCCAUGCAGUAAAAUCACAACCAACAACAGCAGCUUUUUGUAAUGCUGUUAAUAUAAAUAGGAAGUUUCAGAACUUAAAAGAAUUAACUAAAUGGCAAAGAGAAAUUCAAAUUUUACUUUAAAAAUUGGGAAAAAAAAACUUCUGUGAAGUUUAACAUCUCAGGCAGAAAUACUUUUAUACAGCCUUUGAAAUUGUUAGAUGUUCUGCUAUCCUCAGGGAGUUUUAAAAAUAAGGUCAGCAUUGACAUUGGGGUAAUAAAGGAACAGUUAAUCAACAGCUAGCUGUCUUUAGCUUUAUAUUCCAUAAUGGAUAUUAUAAUGGAUAUUUUGUAUUAAGAUUGGUAAAAUUUUUAUACUUUUGUUUCUA